UUCAGAUAUAUAUAACAAAUGAUAAAAAACUCAGAUCGCAAUGCUUAAGCUUUAUUCAGAAAGAAACAAAAGUGAUUCAUGCAAGUCAAGGAUAACAUAAAGCAAUAAUAAGGCAUAGCGGUCGGCAUGAUGUCAUGUUUUAUUUGCUUUAAGCAAAAAUCUAUGGAUUUUCUUGUCACAGCUAUAACAAUAAAUAUAAGGAAUCAACAAAAAUAAAAGUCAAUUUGAUAAUACAAAUCAAAAAUUAAAACAUUGCUUCAAAGUCUAUAAUAACAUCUGUUAACGCUUGUUGUUGCUUAUAAAAUAGACCGAGUUCGUGGUUAAUGCAAAAAAAAAAAAAGUAAAAGUUGACGAAGAAGAUGUUAAUAUAGGAAAUAAACAAAUGAAUAAAAACUAAACAAAAAAAUAAAAUAAAAAGAUAAAAAUAUUCAAUUAAAUAACAUCUGGAUGAAUACAAAUUAAGCGUAGAUGAAUUAUAAAAUGAAAAAAUACAACUAAAACUUGAAAAAAAAAUUAUUUAAAUAUAGAUAAAUAAUAAAAUAAAAGGAAAAUAUUUUAAAAUUGCUAUUAUAAAUUAAUCCAAGUUUGCUUCAAUUUUUUGAAGAAGUUUAUUUCGGCUUAACAUUACGAAAUCGAAGACAAUAACAACUUCAAAUAUUGUUCGAAUUACUCAAGGGCACCGGCAGUGCAGUGAUUUCAUUUGAGAAGCCAUCAAAGUUUGCUUGUGUGAGUUUGAGUCCGUCAUAGCUGUCUAUACACAAUCACUUUUAACCCCUUUGGGGGUCGAUUUUUUCUAUACAUUUAUAUGCGUGUGUGUGUGUGUGUGUAUGUGUGUACGUAUGUAUGUAUAUUUAUUAAGUUAGAGGGAAGCGAGAGUUUUGCUUUUUAAUGUAAACCAAACGAGCUGUAACAGAUUUAAAGUAUAUUUUGCCGGGCAACAACAACGCACAUGUACAUAUAGUAUCUUAGGCAGCCCCAAAAACAAAAACAACGAGAUAAAACAACAACAACAACAUAAACAUUAAAAACAACAACAUCCAAACAACAAAAGCAACAUACAGCCAUCACUACCACAAAAGACCGACCUCAGAUCUGGUGUUGCGGCAGCACUCAGCGUCAUCAACGGCAACAGCAACUACGGCGACAUUGUCGUUGGCUGUUUGCAUUCUUUCAUGCUUUUUUACGAUUUUACCCAUAAAAUUGAAAUAAAAUUGUAAAAACUAUAAAAUGCAACAAAUAGUAACGAGAUUACUAUGGAAAAAUGAAUAAAUUGAGAAUAGCCACAAAAACACUAAUAACAAGCAUUUCUGGCGGUAAAUAAAAUAAAAAUAAAAAAGAAAAUCGUAUUAAAUUGAAAAAAAAGGAAAAUCUAAAGAGCAAAAAACACGACCGGGAAAAAAAUUGUAGGUGAAAAAGAGAAAAUAGAAAAAAUAUAUUGUAAUGAGUAAAACGUUAGUAACAAUGGCUAAAAUAUGGAUACUUUCAAUAGCAAUUGCUGUAAUGGUUAUUAUCGAACAAACAACAGUAACAGCAACGACUACGUCAACAACGUCAGCAGUUGAAAUAACGGAAACUAAAACAACAUCAUUAUUAGCGACAUCAUCAUCUGAGACACUGCACGACGACGAGAAAUCUGAUGCUAUAAAUAGAGCGCAAGCAUUACCCGCAAAACAAGAGGAAGCAACGACUUUAAAAAGCAUAGACAAUGCGGAAAAUCAAUAUAAACAAAAUUUAAAAUUUAAUAUUACAGAGACCACAACACCAUUACCACCACUUUCCCCGCAGUACUCUACAGCGAAAGUAGCUGCUUUGGCAUCUUCGAAUAACCCAGAAACACUACACACAAGCGCAGCUACCGUCAUUACGUCACAGACUUUUAUUCCCUCUUCGUUGCCUUUCGUUGCAACGAUUUCUAGUAAUUUCGAUUAUCAGCGUAUUGAGGAGGAGAGUAGUCAUUCUGAUGACGAUUCGGAGAAAAAAAUAGGAAAUCAACAUGAAUAUGAACAACAAACAAAAAUCAAAAAUGCUAAACACAUAAACAAAUCGUUAGAAAGUAAACCACGAGAACUAAGUGAAAAACUCAAUGUGAAUAAAGCAAAGCCAGCAGUAAAUGGUUUUCAUGGAAGGCAAGAUGAAGACUUCAAUAAGCAUGUAACAAAAAGUAUCGAACAUGCUACUGCUCGUUUCCCUCUAGAGCAGAACAUAGGAAGACAAUUGACAACUGAACUACCUAAGGCAACGGAAGGGAAUAUGCAUGCUAUCGAAAAAGAAAGUGCAAAAAACUUCGUCACUAAUAAUGCCAUAGUAACACCGAAAACAAUACAAAUCUUAUAUGAAACCAAUGAAGAAAAAGCGGAAGAGAAUCCAAUGACAGUGAACGACAGGUAUAGCAUAAAAUUAACGGAAAUUGUAACUGAUGCUUAUAAAAUACCAUCCAGUGAAACACUAACCAGUGGUUUAAAGUCUUUUGCAAGCGAAAGUGCUGAACAUAAGGCAAUUGAAGCAUUUGAGCCCUUAAUACAAGAUACCAAUGAAAAGCUGCUCAGAGAACGUACCGUAUAUACGCCGAAACAUGAACUUCAAGUUAAACAACCAAAGAAAAAUGAUAUGAAAAUAACAAAGCCAACAACAAACGAUGACUGGCAACAGAAUCUUUUACCGAAUGAAUUGGAGGAUGUAAGAGAAGAUACCAAUAAAGACCAGCAGCAUUAUAUAAAUUGGAGCCCAUAUCUGCUGCAUCCGGCUACUGCAGUCAACGAUUUUACUGGGAAAUUAUUGGCAGAACAAGAUGGCGUCAUAACUGAAAUUGAACAAAAAUUCCGCUUAAAUGAGUUUGUGGCCGAUACGGCAAAUGCAAAGGAGAACAGCAAUGCAAACGCCAUCACUACUACAGCAGGAAUUUUAAAAGAGUCGACAUCACCAGCUAAAAAUGCAAAGGAAACUUUUACGGCAACUAAGCCCUUACAAAUACCACAUCAAACAUUUACCGUAAAUCGUGAGAUACCAUUUGCAACUACGACUAUUACCCAAGCUUACCAGCACAAUAAUGGCCAUGACAAAGGCCAGUUUAUUGAGAAACGAGUAAAGAAAAGUUUUGAUUUUCCCUUGCAUCGAGCGGCCAGCGAUGCUACUCAUACACAGCACUUUGAUUUUGCUAAUACGAAAUUCAGUAAUGGCGAUACAACCAUCAUCAACCAUGCCGGCAACACUAAUGAACCCAAUUUACCGCAACAUAAUAAUGGCGGCAUACAUCACGAACAUAAUAGCAUUGCCAGCAGUGGGAUUGGUGUUGGUGACGAAGUCGAGUUGGCGAAGCGACCUCAGCCGGAAUUUUCUACCACAAAGUUUUACAAUAGCAAAGAAUUAUACAAUGAAAUGUUACAACACAAAAGCCAGCAGAAUUUAAACACCAAUAACAAUAAAGAAAUGUACAAAACUACCGAGAAACCGAAUUUGGAAGAGUCCAUUAAGUCAUCGUUAAGUUUAAAUAGUUUUGCUGUUCUCCAUUCAUCGAAAUUAGCAAAAAUCGAUAGCAAGCAAGAACAGCAAUCGCAAUCGGAGGAUCUACAUAAUCCUUGGGCCUUUAAAAAAGCGCCACUCAAGACUAUACAACCUAUAGAAAGAAAAGAAAUUAUUCCCUCAGCUCGUACUGUACCCUCAAGCACUGUAAAGCCACAAAAUUCUUGGCAAAAAGCCAAAUUAAUAAUUAAAUCCUUAGCAGCUUUCAAAGCUAUUACCAACAACACAAACGAUCAAGCUACACUUGAAUCUUACGAAACAUCUGUACCCAGCCUUCAUGGGAUUCAAAAAAACGUUCAUACGACAACUAUUGCAGUAACGACCGAAGCAAAUAAACUCGUCUCUAAGCUAAAAACGUUAAAUUUAAAAGGCUUGAAAAACUUAAAUGACGAUGAGACUGCAUCGUUUAAUAUAACCGCUAAGCCGUCAGCAGUAAUCACCACAAUCAACGGUACUGUCAGCAUCAGCUCCAAACCAUAUAUGGAAACAAAAGCAGAGAUAACUAAUCCUACAAAAUCGACUUCAAAGCCAAUCGCUCGUCCACGCAUUCUAAGCCCUCUGCAAGAAAAAAUCAAUUCACUUGAAUGCAAUAUACAAAUCCUGCCGCAGAAUUCACAUUUAUGGCGUGGCAACGAAACGCAUGAAUUACUUUUACCCAUAAUGACUCCUGAGAAUUGUAAAAUUGAUAAAGAUUGCACAGCAAUGAUGGUUUCGUGGGAAGGUGAAGCCGAAAUUCAAUCUGGCGAUAUAUUAAUUGUGGAAAUAAACGAUGCUCUGUUAAAUCCCAAAGAUUUCAAUACAACCACCAGUGCGCACAAUACUCAAGUGUAUCAAGUAACACGUUCCGGACAUGAACACUGUGAUGUAACCGAAGGCAUAUUGCUGGAUAUCACGCCGCUUAUAGUUGAUGGUAGAAAGCUGGUUACACUGUACGAUAAGGACCUAACCGAAGGAGUUAACUUGUUAAUUGUGGUUUCGGAACUUUGGGGUACGCAGUGUGUACGUCUCAAGGUUACCACGAAAACCGACAAUUGCGGUGAAAAUGCCGAUUGUUCCGGUAAGGGUGUAUGCUAUUCAAAUCCCAGCAUGGAGGAGUACGAGUGUCAGUGUUGCAGUGGUUUUGCGGGACCGCAUUGUGAAGAAAUUGAUGCAUGCACACCCAGUCCAUGCACGAAUAAUGGCAUUUGCGUUGAUCUAUCGCAAGGACACGAAGGCAAUUCAUAUCAAUGCUUAUGUCCGUAUGGUUACACCGGAAAAAAUUGUCAAUACGAAUUGGAUCCUUGUAAUCCUGCCGAAUGUAUGAAUGGCGGCAGUUGCGUAGGCAAUUCAACGCAUUUUAGAUGUGACUGUACUGCCGGUUUUACAGGACCAUUGUGUCAGCACAGUCUUAAUGAGUGCGAAUCAUCGCCUUGUUUUCAUGGCAUAUGCGUAGACCAAGAGGAUGGUUUUCGUUGUUUCUGUCAGCCAGGCUUCGCUGGUGAAUUAUGUAAUUUUGAGUAUAAUGAAUGCGAAUCAAAUCCUUGUCAAAACGCUGGUGAAUGUAUCGACCAUAUUGGUAAUUAUGAAUGCCGUUGCACUAAAGGUUAUACUGGUAAACGAUGCCAAAUAAAGGUGGAUUUCUGUGCUAGCAAACCAUGCCCCAGCGGACAUGAAUGUAUUGAUCAUGGCAAUGAAUAUAGUUGCGAAUGUCCGGGAGGACGAAAUGGUCCAGAUUGUAAUGAGUUGCAAAGAACGCAAUGCAAUGUAAACCCUUGCACACAUGGUGGCACAUGUUGGUCUAGUGGAGAUUCAUUUUAUUGUGCUUGUCGUCCUGGCUAUACUGGCACAAUGUGUGAAGAUGAAUUUGUUGUGGAAACUGUUGUUAGUUCCAGUGAAUUUAUGGUCGACGAUACAAGCGCCCGGAAUUUUAAUGACAAAAGUUUUGGUUCAUCGGUCGUGCUAAAGAGUCCCAUUGAAUUGCACAAUGCAUACUUUGCGGCUGCCGUUUUAGCUGCCGCCAUUUUUAUUGUCGCUACAGUGCUUACUAUCUGUCACUGUAAAGUAAAUCAAACUUACCGUAAGUUUUCUACACGCACAUCCGGCUUCUUACCUAUAUUGGGUUUCGGAAGGCGACCGAAAAUUCAAAAUAAAUUCAAUAAGCAUUGGUUAAGUGGCAAGGGAGUAAAUGCUGGUGGUGGCGGCGGUAAUCCAUUGCGUACAUCCGCAACAUCGACGAACGCAACACGUCUGCAAAGUGGUCACCUGACGACCGCAAAUACGUCCGCUUCAACAUCAUCAACAACGGCAACAGCUCAUCAUCAGCAAAUUGGUCAAUUGCAUGAGAGACCCUUUCAGCGGCAUCUGGCCAUGAACUUGGAAAACGAUAUGUAUUAUACGGUAGAUUUUAGCGAAAAUUCUCAACACUCACCACUAAUACAGUGAAACACACUAACGCUUACCGAACGUAGUCGCAAUGUGAGUAGUGGUUACAGUGGCGCCGGUGGAGGUAAUCGCAUUGGUGCUAUUGGCCAUUUUACCAACACUACAGAUAGUUGGUUAGUAAAAUUUAAAAAACGUUCUUAUUGAUUUAAGGCUGCUCGCUCGUGUUGAUGAAGUUAAAAAUAAACCAAAAAAAAAAAAAAAAA